AAGUACUUCCGUAUUAUUUAUUAACCACCGGCAGCAAAACGAAAAGACCACGCUUUUGUUAUAAAUCGAAUCACACAUCAAAACACACGAUGGCCGCUUUACCUAUGAACCCAAAACCAUUUUUGAAUGGACUCACAGGAAAACCAGUGAUGGUCAAGCUAAAAUGGGGAAUGGAAUAUAAAGGUUACUUGGUUUCUGUAGAUGGUUACAUGAACUUACAGCUUGCUAACACAGAAGAAUUCAUUGAUGGUAUUCAGACAGGAAAUCUUGGGGAAGUUUUAAUCAGAUGUAACAACGUUUUGUACAUUAGAGGAGUGGAAGAAGAAGAUGAAGAAGGAGAAAUGAAGGACUAAGAUCUCCAUUUUACCAUCUCUCAUUCAUUCAUCAUUGUUAUCAUCUCAUUUUUUGAUGGACACAUCUUUUUAUAAAUUUUGAACAUUUUAAUCAUUUCCAUUUGAAUAUCAUGUUCAUGUAUGUAUUCUAUAAAUUGUGAAGUGAAUCAUGAAUGCAAAGCUUAUUGAGCAGGAACUAAGCCAUCUUCAUACAUUUAUGUAUCUCAUUUAUUCUAAGACAGACAAUACUUGGAACAAACAUGAAACAAUAAACAUAAAAAACUUGCUUAUUAAUACAUGGUUAUAAAAUUUUAUUAUGUUGUACAUAUAUUGUUUUAACAACAAAUAAAGUAAAUUUGUUGUGGUA